AUGGUACCAACACGACUAAUUGCUACUAAAAAGAGUGCUACAGUUUUUUGUUUUAUUCUGUUAUCGUUUAUGUUUAUCAGCAAUCGAAAAUCAGCGAAUAGUUCAUAUUUAUUGAAUACAGGCAAAAAAGAACAAACGUUUAUAUAUCGUCGACGACCAUGUUCAUGCUCCCGACCACUUUCUCAACAGGAUUCAAACGAACUGAUUAUUGACGAAACACCAUCUUCACUCUGUAGUCAAUAUUCAACUUUACGAGGUUUCCAUCAACGUAUAAUUUCUAUAAGUAUGUUUGGAUUCGCAUCAAAGUCUGUCUUUGAUCGAAAUUCAUCGACAACUUAUCUUCAUCAGUUAAUAGCUGACAUGAACAAACUCUAUCCAAAUUGGAUUUUACGAGUCUAUCAUGAUUCGACAAUUGAGAGUAAACUGGUCUGUUCAGUAGAAUGUACUUACGACCAUGUCGAUUUUUGCAAUGCAAACUCGUUGGGUCGUUUGGGUGAUAACCAUGUCGAUAUAAUGGUUAGUCGUGAUCUCGAUUCGCCGCUGACGCUACGUGAAUUAGCUGCUGUUGAUGAAUGGAUAUCAUCGGGAAAAGCAUGGCAUACGAUGCGUGAUCAUCCAAUGCAUUUUGUUGUGAUGCUCGGAGGUAUGUGGGGCUUUCGACCAGCGUUAAAUCGAACAUUUUCUAAGUACGUUCUACAAACAAUUCUCAAUCGUUCGUUGGUAACUGGCUACAAUGGAAGAGGUGAUCAAGGAUUUUUAUCAGAUAACAUUUGGCCACAUAUUCAGAACCAAAUCAUCGCACACGAUAGUUAUUUGUGUAGGGAACCCUACUCAAGAAACUCUCGUCCUUGGCCGACACGUCGGUUGCCUCCUUCUAAUGAUACGAAUUGUUUUGUCGGAUGUUCACGACCUUGUUGUCAACCGUCGAAAUAUCCAUUUGGUGAAUGUCCCACAGCUUGUAGGCCGAAAAAUCACACUGAUUGGGCAAUGUGUUGA